AUGAGGGAGGGUCUCCAAAAUUGGAAGGAGGGUAAAAUUACUGCGCAGGGUAAGCUGUUGCUUCAAGGUAGUCUUCUUGUAGGAGAACCACUUUCUGGUGGCAAAAUGAAAGAGCGUCAGGUCUUUUUGUUUGAACAAAUUAUUAUCUUUAGUGAAUCCGUUGGUCAGAAAACACAGUUUUCAAACCCUGUCUAUAUCUACAAAAAUCAUUUACAGGUUAAUAAAAUGUCACUGGAUGAACAAGCUGAUGAUGAAGAUAAUCUAAAAUUUGUUCUGAAGUCAAAAGACCCCAAUCAGCAAGGUUUGUGUUUCGUUAUUCAAGGAACAUCUCAAGAAGAACGAGAUGAAUGGGUUGCGAAUAUUCGAGCUAUCCUAGACACACAGUUGGACUUCUUAAGAGCCUUACAGUCACCUAUAGCUUAUCAAAAGGAACUCACCAAAGAUAUAUCAGCCCCAGAGCUAGGGUCUUUGUGGAAUCCAACUUUAAGGAAAACUUUGUCCCACCCACCCACUUCCCAUAAAAUUUCCAAAGGCUCCAAUUCAGAGGGAGUUAGCACUAAGUCUUUGCGACAACCAGGACGGGAGAAGAAGAGCAGAUCUGGUGAGGUCACACCUACUGAGCUGAGACGAAUCACAGUAAGUGGAGCUUCAGGUGAUGUGAAUCAAGAUUGUGUUUCUGUUGCACCCAUUCCUAUCUCUCCACCAAGCUCUGCAAUUCCCAUAGAAGGGAAGCAAGGUUUGGUAUGGCUGGAGAGUCAGUGUAAGCAUUCAUUCCCACUAGAAAAACAAUCAAAUGCCCCACAACAAAGCCCUCCAAAGGGUAAACGCAACUUUUUUGAAGGGUUUCGCAACACCCUUCGUCCCAAAUCAAAAUCUGACUUGAUGGCUAGCAGUGCUGUGGCUAGCUCACUCUGCACGAGCCAGAGCUUGGAUUCAGCCACGGCCAGUCGCUCCUGUGAACCCAGAACAGAAUUAGACCCAAACAAAGACAGUGGAGUAAACAGAAGAUGGUCAGAAACCUCUUCUUCACGUGCGGAUUUACCAUCCCCAACCUUGAUGCGAGCUAUAAUGGACUUUGAUGGAGUUAAUGAAGGAGAGAUAUCAUUGACUAAAGGAGACACUGUCCAGUUACUGGCUACUGACCCUCAGCAGAGCCGAUAUCAUGUACAAAAAACAACUGGAGAUUGUUCCUCACCUUAUGAUGGGUGGGUUCCAGUUAAUGUAUUAACACAAGUAAAGGAAGGAGGAAGGAAGCACUGGUCGUUCAAGUUUCGCAAGCCAAGUUUCAAAUCAGAUAAGAAGGAGAAGGAAAGAAGGUCACUUGAUGAAAGUUUAAUCCUCACUACACACAGUUUCCCAGAUUCACCUCUCUCUACUCCCAAAACUGAGGAUGCCCCAUUCUUGUCUGUGGACACCUCAUUCCAUUUUGUAGAGUGUUUAAACAAUCUUGUUGUCCCAGAAGGAGCAACAGCAGCUCUCACAUGCAGAGUUGUACCUUUUAAACAAAUCAAGAUUAAUUGGUUGCUUUCAGAUGGAUCAGAAAUAAUCAAAAUUCAUACUGAUCACUCCCAAAGAAACCAAGACCUUUUUAUGGAUGCCCAAAGGUCACCAUCUCCUUCAGACCAAAAUAUUUCUUUUCCACUUGAAGAAAGUUUCUCAUCACCAGAGGGCAGUUCUCCAUCACCAGAAGGAUCAUUGUGGCCACCAGAUGGGGCUCCAUUGAAGGAGAGAGUGACUGCAACAUGUGAUAAUGAUGGCUACUGUACUAUUAUUGUCAACAGAUGUGUGUUGUCAGAUUCAGGAGAGUACACAUGUUUAGUGACUUCCAAUCACCACAUUGCUUCAACCACUGCUCUUCUUACAGUUUUAGGAAAGCCAUCACCACCUGGAAAACCAUAUGUUGUUGAACUUAAUGGUAACACUGUGUGUUUACAGUGGAGUCCCCCAUUGUAUUCUGGAAACUCUCCUCUGGUAGCCUACACACUUGAAUACUCUCAACCAGAUUCCACAGUGUGGAAUGUUGCCAUAGCCUAUGCACCCAACUGCUCUCAGGUGCUAGAAGACUUGUCUGAGGGACAGUUGUAUCUGUUUCGUGUCACAGCUAACAAUGAGGUUGGAAUUAGUGAUCCUGGGCAGCAGUCUGACCCUGUCUAUAUCCCUGUGUCAGAACCCAAAGGAAAUUCUGUGAUUCCAAGGAAGCAUUCACGUGUUAGAUGGAAAGAAGACUUUCACAAAAAUUAUGAUGAGUUGGAAGAGCUUGGUAGAGGACGUUUUGCUGUGGUAAAGAGGUGUGCCCACAAACUUUCUGGUUCCCAGAUGGUAGCUAAGUUUGUCAGUAAAAAGAGGCAAGACCCAGAAACAGUGGAGAAGGAAUUGUUGAUGUUGCGAGAUCUUCAUCAUCAUCAACUAGUGCCAGCGCUAGACACUUACUACACUCUACAGCAUUUUGUUUUGUUGCUACAUCUAGUCCAAGGUCCACAGCUGUUUGAAUACAUUUGUGACAAGACCAGUUAUGAUGAGACAACAGUUUGUAUGUUCAUGCGCCAGUUAGUAGAGGUAGUAAGGUAUCUUCAUCAAAAAGUUAUUGUUCAUUUGGAUAUUAAGCCAGAAAAUCUGAUGGUGGAUACCCAGCAGUUAUCUCCUUGUUUAAAACUAAUUGACUUUGGUGAUGCCCACAGCCUUGAUAGUUGCAACAAAUAUAUCCACACACUACUGGGAAAUCCAGAGUUUGCUGCACCAGAGGUUAUUUCAGGACAACCUGUCUCCUACUAUACUGACAUCUGGAGUGUAGGAGUGGUAUUGUAUGUCUUUCUCAGUGGAGUCUCUCCUUUUAUGGAGGAAGGAGAUGAGGAGACAUGUUCUAACAUUCUUAGAAAUGAUUUUUCCUUCCCAAACCAUUAUUUUGCUCAUGUCACCAGAGAAGCAAGACACCUGAUUAGCCAAUUACUAAUUAAGGAACCUCACCGGAGAUUAUCUUCAGAAGAUAUUUUGCAAAAUUUCUGGUUACGUCAGGGUGGACAUCGCUCGCCUAAUCAUGUUUUGUCAACUGCACGUUUAUCCACUUUUGUGGAACGACGACGUCAUGUGCAACACAGCAUCAGAAACAUUCAAGCACCAGGUGAUGCCUUUAGUCACUUUCAUUCAAAUGCAUCCAGCAGAAGUUGAAUUCAAGCACACAUGUCAAAAGACAUAUGGACCAACAGAUGUUUAAAGCAAGCAUGAUGUCACAAGACUUCUGUGCUAAUGAUAUGAUUGUCUUUAGCACAUCAUGAUACACAUUGGCCAUCAGAUAAUCUUGUGUACUAUAUGGAAAGAUUUAGAAGACAUAUUAGCAGUGUCAACCAAAUAAAUACAGUUAUUAGAAUUUGUACAAGAUGUGCUUAUUUUGUUCUGCAGAGAGCAGAAAUCUAGAAUUUACGUUUUUUCAGCUACAGCAUGGUACAGGCAGAAAAUGCAUUAGAGUAGUAUAAAGAUUUCUUUUCUUUUUUUAAUUUAAUGCCAAAGUCUGGUAUUUCUGAUUCUGUGAAAAGAACUGUUAUGUACUUUGAUGAGUACAGAUGAAGGAUAGAAUCUGCAUUUGACCAUAAUUUUGUAUCUUCUCUACUACAGAUGAAAAAUAGAUUGGUAUCUUAAAAUGUUAUUUUAUUUUCUUAUAUACAGCGGGAAAACAUGUUGAUUCCUUAAAGUGCUUUAGGUACUCUCUCUACUACAGAUGAAGACAAGAUUGCUACUGUGAAGUGUUGUUUUAUGAUUUUGAUUAAAUGUUACUAAUGCUCUGAACUACCAUGGAAGAACGGAUUAGUGUUGCUAAGUGUUACUUGCAUUCUGGGUUACCAUAUAAGAACAAGUUG